GGGGUGGGGGGAAGGGGCGGGACGCCGGCAGCUCGUAGCGGAAGUGCGGCUGAACCGGUUUCCGGGGGCUGCUGGUGUGACGUGUCCCGCGCUUGGCGCAGCAGGAAGCGGCGGCGGACGCGGCCCGAGUUCCCGGCGCCGGUCUCGGCCCCAAGUCUUCUCCCGCUUCCGUCAUGCUUGACUUCUUCACCAUCUUCUCGAAGGGCGGGCUUGUGCUCUGGUGUUUCCAGGGCGUGAGCGACUCGUGCACGGGGCCCGUGAACGCGUUGAUUCGUUCCGUGCUGCUGCAGGAACGGGGAGGUAACAACUCUUUCACUCAUGAGGCCCUCACACUCAAGUAUAAACUGGACAACCAGUUUGAGUUGGUGUUUGUGGUUGGCUUUCAGAAGAUCCUCACACUGACCUAUGUAGACAAAUUGAUAGACGAUGUGCACCGGCUGUUCCGGGAUAAGUACCGCACAGAGAUCCAACAACAGAGUGCUUUAAGUCUAUUGAAUGGCACUUUUGAUUUCCAAAAUGACUUCCUGCGGCUUCUUCGUGAGGCAGAGGAGAGCAGUAAGAUCCGUGCUCCCACUACCAUGAAGAAAUUUGAAGAUUCUGAAAAAGCUAAGAAACCUGUGAGGUCCAUGAUUGAAACACGGGGGGAAAAGACCAAGGAAAAAGCAAAAAACAACAAAAAAAAGGGGGCCAAAAAGGAAGGUUCUGAUGGCCCUUUGGCUACCAGCAAAACAGCCCCAGCAGAAAAGUUGGGUCUCCCAGUGGGACCUGAGAAUGGAGAACUUUCCAAAGAGGAGCUGAUACGUAGGAAGAGAGAGGAGUUCAUUCAGAAACAUGGGAAGGGUCUGGACAAAUCCAGUAAAUCUACAAAGUCAGAUAUUCCAAAGGAGAAGGGCAAAAAAGCACCCCGGGUGUGGGAACUGGGUGGCUGUGCUAACAAGGAAGUCUUGGAUUACAGUACUCCCACCACCAACGGAACUCCAGAGGCAGCCCUUUCUGAAGAUAUCAACUUGAUUCGAGGAACUGGGCCUGGGGGGCAGCUUCAAGAUCUGGAUUGCAGCAGCUCAGAUGAUGAAGGGGCCACUCAAAAUACCAAACCUAGUGCUACCAAGGGAACUCUGGGUGGCAUGUUUGGGAUGCUGAAGGGUCUGGUGGGUUCCAAGAGCUUGAGUCGAGAAGACAUGGAAUCUGUGCUAGACAAGAUGCGUGAUCAUCUCAUUGCUAAGAAUGUGGCUGCUGACAUUGCUGUCCAACUCUGUGAAUCUGUUGCCAACAAGUUAGAAGGGAAAGUGAUGGGGACAUUUAGCACUGUGACUUCAACAGUCAAGCAGGCUCUACAGGAGUCUCUGGUGCAGAUCCUGCAGCCACAGCGUCGAGUAGACAUGCUCCGGGAUAUCAUGGAUGCCCAACGUCGCCAGCGCCCUUAUGUUGUUACCUUCUGUGGUGUCAAUGGAGUGGGGAAGUCUACUAAUCUUGCCAAGAUUUCCUUCUGGCUUUUAGAGAAUGGCUUUAGUGUCCUCAUUGCUGCCUGUGAUACAUUUCGGGCUGGGGCUGUUGAGCAGCUUCGUACACACACCCGGCGCCUGACUGCCCUCCAUCCCCCGGAGAAGCAUGGUGGCCGAACGAUGGUGCAGUUGUUUGAAAAAGGCUAUGGCAAGGAUGCUGCUGGCAUUGCCAUGGAAGCCAUUGCCUUUGCACGUAACCAAGGCUUUGAUGUGGUGCUGGUGGACACUGCUGGCCGCAUGCAAGACAACGCCCCUCUGAUGACUGCCCUGGCCAAACUUAUUACUGUCAAUACACCUGACUUGGUGCUGUUUGUGGGGGAGGCCUUAGUAGGCAAUGAAGCUGUGGAUCAACUGGUCAAGUUCAACAGAGCCUUGGCUGACCAUUCUAUGGCCCAGACACCUCGGCUCAUUGAUGGCAUUGUUCUUACCAAAUUUGACACCAUUGAUGACAAGGUGGGAGCUGCUAUUUCUAUGACAUACAUCACGAGCAAACCCAUCGUCUUUGUGGGUACUGGCCAGACCUACUGUGACCUGCGCAGUCUCAAUGCCAAGGCUGUGGUAGCUGCCCUCAUGAAGGCUUAAUGUGGCUCCUGCCUAAUACCAAAUUGCCGCUUGCCCAAGUCCCUAUUCCUAUAUCAAGAAUGUGCUUUAGAGUAUGUGAGCAACUUGUCUUCAGUGUAGUACAAAGGCAGAGUGGGGGAGCUUUGAGACUUGCUGCUCCUUCUAACCCAACCCUUUGUUCAACCCUACCUCCUUCUGCAAGGAGGGCCUAAUCAUGUUACAAUCACUGCCCAGUGACCCUCCCUCUUCCUACUCAGGCAUCCCCUUCACUCUGCCUACAGAUUCCAUAUCAUAGCUUUGACCAAUAGUUGGAAAACCCAACAGCUGGAGUGUUGCUAACUAGUGUGAUGGUAGAGCCAUGGUAAAAUAAGGAGCAGUGUGAGGUCCCAGCUCUAAUGGGUUACUUCUGGAGCCAGCUCUGGAUCUUAAUGGCACCUAUCUAGACUACAGCUUUUGGGUCCCUGGUGCCAGGAUGACAGCCACCUCACCGUGGCAGUGAUGAUGGCCCAUUCUUAAUUGCUGCUAAUUAUAAAUCUGGUGAUGAACUCCACACCCGAUUGUUGCCCCAAAGCAUCAGUUAGGCCUUGUUACAAAUGAGUGAAAGGCGAGUGCCCACUUCUCUCAGAAACAAAAGGGAGCAGAGUUGCCUUCCAACCUGUCCCUGCUCCCAAAUUCACAUGGAAGCUUUGCAUGUUUACCUUCCUGGGAGAAAACCAGUUGUUAGAGGGGUUAUUGUUGUCCCAUACCCCACCCAGCCCAACCCUUAGCCUUCUGAGCAGGUUCUGGCUUUUCCUCAUUCUCUUCUACAGUGCCUGGUAGACAAGUGCUACAUUGAAGAACACAAACCUCUUGUUAAGACUUGUCCUGUAGUUUGGUAUUACAGAUGUGCUACUAGUGCAACAAGGUGAAGGCUGUCUGCCCAGAGAAAUAUGUAAUUUAUAUAAGAAAAUAAAUUUCAUAAAGAAAUUGCC